ACACACACACACACACACACACACGGAACAGGAGUGUCAGGUGUCUCACUGCGCUCUGUCUCUUUCUCUGUCUUACUGUGGAAGCAGGUGACGCAGUGAAGAGUUUCAAGAGUUUUAAAGAACGGCAGAAAUUCUGAGGAAUAACAAAAAAAUAAUACAACAAACAAACCAAAAAUCCAGACAAGAAUCAUCUCAAACACCAGGGUGUGGUGAUGGAGUCGACGCCUUUCAGUCGUAAGCAGUGGUCGUCUCAGUCCUUACGCAUCACAGCCAGGGAACUUUCACUGGUCAGCGCUCGAGGGAAAAACAACGCCAUUGCUGAACGCUUCUCCAAAUAUCAGAAGGCUGCAGAGGAAGCAAAUGCAGACAAGAAAAAAACGCCAGUGGAGAGCCUGCCUUCAGCAGUCCGCUCAGGGAACCUGAGUGUGUUGAAGAAACGCUGGGAGGAGAAACGACAGAACGCACCGGGUGUGACCGAACCUGUACCUCCGGCAGAACCUCGAGCUCCCUCUCGCACUCACAGCUUCAGACCUGUCAGGGUUCAGAAGGAGAAGAAAGGUGAGGUGGAGAAAGUGAUGGAGACGAAGCUGGAGCUAAUGCCAGAGUUGAAGCAAGAGUUAAAACCAGAGCUGACGAAGGUGACAAAGCAGGAGCUGAAGCAGGAGGUGAAGCAGCUGAAGCAGGAGGUGAAACCAGAGCUGAAGCUGGAGACAAAGCAGGAGGUGAAGCAGGAGGUGAAACAGGAGGUGAAACCAGAGCUGAAGCUGGAGACAAAGCAGGAGGUGAAGCAGGAGGUGAAACAGGAGGUGAAACCAGAGCUGAAGCUGGAGACAAAGCAGGAGGUGAAGCAGGAGGUGAAACAGGAGGUGAAACCAGAGCUGAAGCUGGAGACAAAGCAGGAGGUGAAACCAGAGCUGAAGCUGGAGACAAAGCAGGAGGUGAAGCAGGAGGUGAUGGUGGAGGAAGAGCAGAAGAAGGAAGUGGAGAAACCAAACAUUGCUCUCAACAGCCUUAAAAACAUGUUUGAGAAAGGAGAAACCAAGGUUCGACGCAUGAACAGCACUUCACAAGACUCAGAUAUUCGACCAGCAGACAGAGGUUUGGUCUCUCUGGAACGCUCCAAGUCUGUGAGAGACAGAAUGGCGAGGUAUCAAGCCGCCGUGUCCAAACAAGACUCCCGGAGUCCUCAGAGCACAUCGAGCCCAGCUGAGAUCGAGGUUAAAGGUUCAGCGGCAGAUCUGAAGGAAAAUGCGCCUCCUGCUGGUGGAGAACAGACUGAUAUCAAGUCUGCACCUUCAGAGCCAAUGAGCACGAAACCCAAUGGUGUGUUAGCUGAUACAGGAAGUUCAAGCACUGCAGCAUGUGAGCCAGAAACCAACGACACACCCAGAUUUGUCAGAGGUCAGAGGUUUCGUGCUACUGUGAGAGAGACUUGCGUUGCUUGCCAUAAGACAGUUUACCCGCUGGAGAAACUGGUGGCCAAUCAGCAAACCUUCCACAACUCUUGUUUCCGCUGCGCUCACUGCAACACCAAACUCAGCUUGGUGAAUUUCGCCUGCCUGCAUGGUAACAUCUACUGCAAACCUCACUACAACCAGCUCUUCAAGUCCAAAGGUAACUAUGACGAGGGCUUUGGACACAGGCCUCAUAAAGAGCUGUGGACCGGCCGAGGUGAUGACGAGGAGCUCGAAGAGUCUGAAAAGCCGAAACCUGCUUCACAUGACCCCUUCCCAGUUAAACUGCCCAGUUCAGAAAAAGUCUUAAAUCAAAAUUCCACAGUUGAGGAAACUCCUAUAGCCAAAGUCACUGAUCUUACAUCAUCUCUGGAGACCAAAACUCAGACGGUUCAGGAAGCAGUGAAACCUGCAGCUUCUGUGGAAACAAAAAGAUUGAAGGUCGCUUGGCCACCACGUGCUGACACAACCAGCUCUGGUCUGGAAAGAGGAAGGAGUCCAGUUAAAGCCUUCAAGCUGAAAUGGCCCCCAGAGGACGACGCCCAGUCCAGUGUGGUGAGCACAGAGCGAGUGGAGUUGAGGAGUCUGAGACGCAGCGCAUCUCUCAAAGAUCGUAGUCGACCUUUUUCUGUGGCACCGAGAAUGGAAUCCAACAAUCAGGAGCAAACACACCCACUCAAGCCCACUCUGGCUCGGAGUGGCUCUCUGGAGCUUCAGUCGACUUCUAAAAUACAGAUGUUCCAGAAGGAGAAAAAGGAGGAGAGCUCAGAGGUGAAAAAACCCUCUGAGACAGAGCACAAGGCUUUCAACAGCAGUGAAUUUGAGAUUCCUCCAAAACAAGAGGAGAAACACAAAAUCCCACAAUCCAUCCUGAAACGACCUCAAACAAACAAAACAGAGGCUUCUGAUGACCAGGCUGAGGAGCAACCGAAACAACCCCCAGAACUUAAGAAUGCUUCACCUCCCCAAGUUGCAGAGAGCAACAGUACAUCUGAAGAUGUGGGUUUCUGUGACAGAGAAGAAGCGGAUGAAUCCCUCAGCAUCGAGGAAGUGAUCAAGAGGAACCGAUUCUAUGAAGAUGAAGAUGAUGAAGUUGCUGAAGUUUGAGACACUCUCAUCCCUUAGAGUCUGCUCAGACUCACAGCUUUACUAGAAUAAUACAAAAUGUUUUGAAAAAAGCCAUAAAUGCUCGAGGUGACGAGGUUCCUCUUCUUCUUCAUAUUUUAAUUUCAGCUUCAUCAUCUCCGUUUCUGACAGGAUUAAAAAAAAAAAAAACAAGCUCAUUAUUUUAUCACUUAAUGUUUUUUAGAGUUGGUACAAAAUGCGACAAUUUUAUUGUUGAGGGUUUUUAAUUCCGUGGUUCCACAGUUUCUUUCUCCGCAGCUCUGCUGGAACCAAAUUACAUCUUUAUUUAUAGAUAUUUUAGAUUUUAAAAGGUUUUUAUGGUCUGUCUUCUACCUUGUAGCUGGUCCAUCUGUCCAGAAAACCCUUAAAUACCUCCAGCAUUCACAACAUUCCAGAUGUCGACCACAUUGCUGCAUCUCUCAGAGCAACUGAAAUAAAAGUUCCCUCAAUUAGAAGAUGGUAAUUGCACAGAACGAAAGUUUAGUUUAUCAUCAGAUUAUUUUGCUAUAUUCAGAGUUCAAUAUUAUGCAGAAUUUGUACCACAGAAUGUCCUGAGUGUGGAUAUACAGGAGAAUAAUAGCGGCCCUAGAGCAGAGCUUUGUGGGACGCCACGUUGUCAUGAUUCAUUUCUGAUGCGUCUUUAUACUCUGGGAACCCUGUGAUAUUAAAGGUGUAGUAAUAAUAAUAGUAAUAUAAAAAGUGAACAUUUUAGACAUAAAAGAAGCUGUUGCUUGUUGCAAAACAAGGAAAACUAUUAAACACUCUUUUAUUAUGACGCUUCCUGAGAAAUCAAAAUGUUAUUAUAUUAUAAAGUGCAGCAUUAAAACAUGCACAAACAUGAUGAUGUAAUAACAUGCUGACGCAGACCUCUAGGUUUAUGGGACAGUCUCGACGUCGCUCAGAGAAACAAACACCGCCACCAUAAAGCUCGAUUAUCAUCUGUAUCUUCAUUUUUUAAAACAAUUCUGCAUUAACAAAUUCAACAGGCCAAAUUUAUUUUAUACAGCAAUAUUUUUUUUGUUUAUAAAUUUGUUGCAUUAAAAUAAUCUGGAACACAAAUGAUCUUUAUUAAAAAUGAACAAUUUUACAGUUUAUAUGUUAUGUUUUAUAUAGCGGCGAGUCAGGCUGCAGAUUCCGUAAAACCUUUUUUUUAAUUUAUAUCUGAUUUAUUUUUAAUUUCAGGGCAUGAAAGAGUCUAAGAGAAUCUCUCCCUCUCUCUCUCUCUCUCUCUCUCUCUCACACACACACACACACACACACACACACACAUACACACACACACACAUACACACACUCACAUACACACACACACACACACACACACACAUACACACACACACACACACACAUACACACACACACACACACAUACACACACACACACACACACACACACAUACACACACACACACAUACACACACACACACACACACACACACACACACACACACACACACACACACACACACACUGGUCUAAACUCCAGCUCAGUGCCUCUCCGCUUGUCUUGAUCCUUUUAAUGUUAAUGAUCCUGAUUUUAAGCAAAUGUUUUCUAUUCUGUUCAUUACAAAGAGACCAAACAAAACUGUAUCUGCCUUAAAACAGAAGAAUCCUUGGUGAAGUGUAAGGCUUUAAUGUAAUAAAUGAUUUCAGAGACUGUU